GGUUCGUGACCAGUUUCCAGGAACUGAAAUGGAGAAAUACGCCCUUUUUACUUAUGAAUCUCUGAAGAAAACCAAGUGCAGAGAGUUUGUGCCAUCGCGGGAUGAGAUAGAAGCUCUGAUCGGCAGGCAGGAAAUGACAUCCACCGUGUAUUGCCACGGUGGGGGCUCCUGUAAGAUCACAAUCAACUCGCACACUACAGCUGGCGAGGUGGUUGAAAAGUUGAUUCGUGGCUUGGCCAUGGAGGAUAGCAGAAACAUGUUUGCUCUGUUUGAAUACAACGGGACUACUGACAAAGCGAUUGAAAGCAGAACCAUCGUGGCUGAUGUCUUGGCAAAGUUUGAAAAGCUUGCUGCCACUGCUGAAGCUGGGGAGAUGCACUGGAAGUUCUACUUCAAGCUCUACUGCUUCCUGGACACAGAAAACGUCCCAAAAGAUAGCGUGGAAUUUGCCUUUAUGUUUGAGCAGGCUCACGAAGCAGUGAUUAGAGGACAUUACCCUGCUCCUGAAGAAACCCUCCAGGUCCUUGCCGCUUUGCGUCUUCAGUACCUUCAGGGCGAUCACACUCCGCAUACCGCAGUACCAGGAAUGGAGGAAGUCUAUCCCCUGCAAAAGUUGAAGUCUCGGAUUACUCAGUCUACCAAAACGUUUACUGCAGCAGAGAAGGCUGAGAAGAAACGAGCCAGCUUCCUUGAAGGAACGCUGCGGAGGAGUUUUCGCAGUGGCUCCGUCAGCAAACAGAAGGUUGAGGAGGAUCAGAUGUUAGACAUGUGGGUCAAAGAGGAAAUCUCAGCUUCCAGGACUAGUAUUAUCGACAAAUGGAAAAAACUCCAGAGGAUGAACCAGGAGCAGGCUAUGGCAAAGUAUAUGGCUUUGAUCAAGGAAUGGCCCGGCUAUGGCUCCCCGCCCCUUUUCGCUGCGGAGUGCAAAGAAGGGGGAUUCCCGCAAGAGCUGUGGCUUGGAGUCAGCGCUGAUGCGGUCUCCGUCUACAAGCGUGGGGAAGGCAGGCCUCUGGAGGUGUUUCAGUACGAACAUAUCCUGUCGUUCGGCGCGCCGCUGGCCAACACCUACAAGAUCGUGGUGGAUGAGAGAGAACUGCUCUUCGAAACCAGUGAGGUAGUUGACAUUGCGAAGCUGAUGAAAGCUUACAUCAGCAUGAUCGUGAAAAAACGCUACAGCACCUCCCGAUCAGUGAGUAGUCAUGGAAGUCAGGGCAGCUCCAGGUGA